AUGAAGGGAACGUUCGAAAAAGGGUACUUGCCAAAUUUCUCAAAAGAGAUCUUUACUAUCAGCAAGCAAAUACCUCGUGAUCCUCGAGUGUACAAAUUAAAGGAUCUGGACGGUGAAGAACUCAAAGGAACGUUUUACGAGAAAGAGCUGAAAAAGGUGAUCAAAGAAGAUGACGUGUACGAAAUUGAGAAAAUCUUGAAGAAACGUGGAAGGGGCCACAACGUACACUAUUUUGUAAAAUGAUUAGGGUACCCAAAUAAAUUUAAUUCAUGGGUACCCGCUUCUGAAAUAAAUAAAUAAAGAUUUAAACAUUUGAACGUGUUGUCUAUUUGUUGUUUUCAUUUGUAAUUCACAAUGAGCGGAACACAUUUUUACCUCACGCUUCCUAGCAAUGCAUCCUCGGAUAUCUUUCCCGAUAACAAGACGACAAGUUAUCGAGUCAAUUUACCUCAAGCUAUUAGUUUGAGUGGCGAAUGGGAAGUGGGUUUGAAUUCAAUAAACUACCCUCGGACAUGGUACACUCUUGGUAAUAAUUUUGAUACCCACAUGUAUACCAGUGAUCAGAGUGGUCUUUUCAGUGCUACCAUAAUCGAUUACGGCUUUUAUGAAACAAUGCCUGAAUUAGUGAAAUCUGUUAAUAAAACUUUGGCAAAAGAUGUGACCGAUAACGUUAAGUUGACAUUUAAUGUUCGUACAGAAAAAGUUACAGUCCAUUUAAAAAACAAGCAUCAAUUGGUUGUGACUAAUAAAAUGUCAAUCGUGUUGGGGUUUGGUGGAAAAGAAACGAAAAUAGUGAAAACGACGACAAGUCCUUACGCAGCUGACUUACAUGGUUUCAUGGCCAUCUAUGUAUAUUGCGAUAUCGUGCAACCUCAAAUUGUCGGAAAUACCAGUGCCAAAUUACUCAGAAGCAUUCCCGUCCAAGGAAAGUUGGGUGAUGUCAUUACUAAAACGUUCACGAACAUACAAUACGUUCCAGUUCAAACCAAAUCCUUUGAAGAUGCGGAAAUUGUUUUAAGGAACGACACAGGCGAUCCAGUGCCAUUUGAACGUGGGAAGGUGAUAGCGACACUACAUUUCAGAGAGCGUAGUUAUUUCACUUGAAAAGAUGAAUAAUACUUACGUACGCUAUUAUUUGGAUCAACAGCAAGGGCACGGGAUGCCUGUUUUGUCAGGUAGCCCUUGGCAAGCCGGUUAUGGUCACCAGAUGGUCUAUGGAAUCGGGGGUCUUUUCGCACCGUGGUAAGAGCGAUGAUGCCCAUGGUGAAAAGCGGAACAAAAGCUCUCGGUAACAUUGCCCUGAAAAGUGACGCUGACUUUGUGGGUGAUGUUCUUGCCGCUAGAAACGUAAAAAAAGCAGCAAAAGCACGAACCAUGGAGGCUGCUAACGUUGUGAAAAGAAAAGAAAAGCUAUAA